AAACUAUCCGCAAAUGGUAGCUUCCUCGCAACAUGUCCCCGCACAUCGAUGCCCUUGGGGAAAGCAAUACUGAACUCUCAAGAGCUCUCAGUGCUACUGGAGCUUCAACUAUACAGCUUUGUACUUGAUCUGCUUGAGAUUGAUUAACCAUGAGGACUCACGAUCCGACGCCGGAACGCUCAACUUCCAACUCUUCGACGAGCUCGAGAAUGAGAAAGCUCAUCUCAGGUAGCUUACGCCGGAGGAAAAGCAAAGCGGAUCCAUCGCCACCUCCUUCUCCCGAUCAAAGGGACGAGACUGCGAUUGUAGAAUUGGACGCUUCGGCGGAAAGUGAACUAGGGGCUGAACUGCCAGCCAGACCACAAAGCGACGAAGCUUUGCACAAUGCUCAAGAAGAACGAAAGAAAGACAACGCUCUUGAAAAAUUAACGAAUGAGGUUGAAAAGUAUAUACAAAGCCUUCAUUUUCUGGGUGGAGUAUAUGUCAGCGGAGCUGCCCAAUCGCAGGGCAAUGCAAUAUCCAAAGAAAUAAUACUUCUUGGGGAUAAGGCCUCGAGUUUGUGCAUCAACUUCUUCGAUCUUCAUGAUGCUUUUUCGCAACCACUGUGUCAUGAUCGACGAAUCGCACUUGAAAAGGGGAAACGAGCAGUUCACCGCUUUCUUCAGGAAGAAAGCCAGCUCAUACAGUUGCUAUUUGCCCAAUUACAAGGCAUUUAUCGCUCUCUCCGACCGGGAAAUAUAUCCCGUGAAGAGGCCCAAGAAGCAUUCAAAGACCUUCACUCCGCUAGAGCCACGGUAGAGACUCUAGAUAACCCCUCCUAUCGGGCCACAACAUCUUUUAACUCGCUUUUAAGCACAAUUGCGGUUGUGGAAACAAUCCAGCAGCGCGUCAGUUUCAUGCGCGCACGCCUCGGCCUUGCGGACGAAACACCCGAACGGAGUUCAUCAACAAGUCGGCGACACCAGACUGAGAGCAAGCUUGGUCGGCUUGGAACAGAGGCAAUAAAUAUUAGUGACACUGGAGAUAUUAUCCUCGAUUUUGGAACUUCGACCGAUCCGCACCAGCGACUACAAUUUCGAGUGUCAUCUCAAUUGCUUUCAGCGUCGUGUCCGCUUUUUGCAUACGCUCUCAGCCGCGAAAAGCCACUUCACAAAAAACGUUCCGUGGCAGGUAUUGAUGAUGUUAUUCGAUUUAUGCCGUGGCUCGUAAACUGGGACCCAGAAAUUGGAAUUCAUGUAGCACGAAUACCAUACGAUGAAUACAACCUUUUUGACGCCUUGACUAUCCUCCUGCGAGCGGCACACAUGCGCAUGGACCUUGUUCCCAGAAAAGUGGAGUUCUGCCAAUUCAUUGAAAUCUCGAGAUUAUGCCAUAGGUAUCGAUUUUUUGCUCCGGUUGAGAUAAUUGUCGAAUGUUACUGGCUUCCCCAAUGGCGACCUUUUGCGCAUCAGCCUGGGUAUGACGCAUUCCUCUACAUAAGCUUUGUCUUUGGUAUUGAGGAUAUAUUCCUUGUGGCGUCCAGACGACUUAUCCUAUCACUUGAUGGUCAAGGAAGACACGAGCUACUCGAAAUGCUGCCCGAUCUAGCUUCCAAACAUUUUCUCAAAAUACGAAAAACCCUCCUGUACCAAAUUACUUCUAAAUGCAAGUCCAUAAUGGAUAUCUACCUAUCAUCAUCUCGUGAAUCAGCUCUUGCAGAGCGGACCACGGGAAACGCGUCACAGAAUAUACCAGAACCAGUCUGUCCGAAACAAUCCGUUCAAUGCGACGCGACAAAUCUAGGAUGGCUCAUGAUGAAAUUCGGUGAAAUGGGUAUCCUGCAAGCUAUACUGGACCCCUUACAAACCUUACAAUGGACUCAACAAAUCAGUAUAGAUGGCCUUCUCAAUAAACUUGCAACCAUGGCCCGCCCUCCGGACGUACAUGGUAAAAGUCGAGCGGGAAAUGCUGCAACAUCCUGUGACUGCUCUCUGCCCUUCAAACAGCUUGCGCAGGAGAUGCGACAGGAAAUCAUGUCCCUGGAUUUGAGCUUCCUGAUUGAGCGGUUCGGCCGAGGCAAGUCUCUCAGCGCAGAUAUUCCACAGGAGGAAGUGAGUGCUCCAGAUGCUCCAGGGUGGCCGAACCUGCAAUCUCCAUCCACAACAAGUACACCGUCCGCCAGCGUCUCCAAUGUACGCGACUACGCAAACCCACACAGCCCCGACGAAGUUCCGCGAGAGAAUACAAACCGAAGAAAACAGUGGCCAGACGAGACCAAAAACAUACAUGCACCUGGCCAGACGACACAGCCGGUUGCAAAUACCCAACUACGCCAUCAUUCGGCAUAUACGGUCCAACACGCAGCACAUAGAGAUGCAGACGCAGAUGAUCCAGCAUCAGAUACAGACGCUACAUCAGUCAUCUCAACCGAAAUCGAAAUCCUGACUGACCGCGGUCGUGUCGCUAGCAGUCGCGGUUCUUCUAGCACCAUUAGUCUGGAGACAAUCACCUGCUCAGACACCGCUGUCGAGGAAUCCGAUGUCGAUGCAAAUGGUCCUUCUGCUUCUUCCGACGACGAAGACUUUUAUCCGACCGGCCGUCGUCGGCGGAACAGGCAUCAAGUGUCUUUUACCGAUACUGACUUUGAUGACGAUACAAGAAACCAAGAAGCGGAAAAGUUUCUCUUCUGGGAAUCGCAAGCGUCGAAUGAAGUCAUUCCCUUGUCGGAUAAACAUCUCAUUCUAGCCUCUCAUCAGCGCGCUCAGAACAGAACUUAUCUCUCUGUGCCUUCGCCUCUCAAUUCUCGUCGAAAAGAUCAUGAUAUUGGCGGUGAGGGCGGUGAGGGCGGCGAAAACGAUAUUGGCGAAGGACACAAAGGACACGAAGGCGACGAAGAUGACGAAGAUGACGAAGAACAUGAAAUUUACGAAUUAUGCGAAGAAGAAGGAGAAAGAGGAAACGGAGAAGGAGAAGUCAAGGGGCAAGAAACAUCAAAUAAGGCGUGUUUGGUGAUGUAGGUGACAAGAAAUGUCGUUGCAAGAUGAUCCUCUUUCAGACAGCAAGGAAUUGAUGUUGAGCUUUGCGUUGCUUUAUCUUGAUGAUCUAUGCUCUAUCCUAUACGUUCCAUUUCCUUAUAAUUUGUACAUUUAGCGUGUAUAGACAUGUGGGCGCCCUGGCUGUUGCAUCUCUUCAUUCAAAUCUUCUUUCUUAUACUGGCUUUUCUACUAGCUACUCAGGUCAGAUACGGCAGGAAUAUAUCACAUUGGGGAGUUUAAUUGUCACCAACGU